AUGAGCGUUGAAGAAGGCACCCAUACUCUCCCUGACGGGACUGAGUUGUAUACCAAGACAUGGAAGCCAGAUGGACUACCUCGGGCGGUCCUGGCCUUUGUUCAUGGAUUCAGUGACCACUGCAAUGCCUACUACGAGCUAUUCCCGACUCUCGCAUCCUCCGGAAUCGAGGUUCGCGCAUUUGACCAACGAGGCUGGGGCCGCACCUUCAAACACCCUCGAGACCGCGGCAAUAGCGGCGGCACCACCCUCGUCCUCUCCGACAUCCACUCCUUCCUCCUCGGUCUAACCGCCCACCCCAACACCCCCCUCGUCCUAAUGGGCCACAGCAUGGGUGGUGGUGAAGUCCUUAACUAUGUCCUCCACCCAGACUCCCCCUACAACCAAUCGCCAUCCAACCAACGGCCCCAGCUCGCCGGUGUAAUGGCCUACUCUCCGCUUAUCGCCCUGGACCCAGCAACCCGCCCCAUGGCUUUAACCGUCAUCCUGGGAAGGCUGGUAGCCCGUAUCUUACCGCGCUGGCAGCGGCAUUCCCCGCUGGACCCGAAACUGGUGUGUCGGGAUGAGACGGUCGUGGCGGAUUACAAGACUGACGAGUUGUGUCAUGAUAUCGGGACGUUGGAGCAGUUGGCGGGGAUGUUGGAUCGGGGCUUAUGGUUGGAGAAGUUGGAGGGUGGGGAUUUGGGGGAUGUGAAGCUUUUGCCGGUGUGGUUUGGGCAUGGAGAUGAGGAUCGGAUUACUAGUUGGGCGGCGACGAAGAAGUUGGCUGAUGUUCUGGGGAAGAAGGGGGAUGUUACUUUUGUUUCUUACGAGGGGGCUUAUCAUCGGGUGCAUAUGGAUCCUGGUGAAGUCCGGGAGCGGUUUGUGAAGGAUGUUGCGGAUUGGGUGUUGAAGAGAGCUCCCGUUGCUGAGAGUGCUGCAGAGUCAUGA